AUGAAUGCAACAAACUCGAGAGACGAUAGCAAACACUCAGAUUUCCGCCAAGACACCAUCUUCUUCAAACUCGAUGAAGAAGAGAAAAGAAAACUCGAUGAAGAACUGAAGAAGAGAAAGCAAAACUCGGAUCACCUUCCAAUGGAUAUCAUCCUCGAGAUACUAUCGAGAUCGUCUGCUAAGUCAGUCGCUACGUUUGGUCUCGCAUCCAAGUUCUACGCGUCCAUGCUUAGCCGUCCAGAUUUCACUGACUUGUUCCUCACCAGGUCCUCGACUCGGCCACGUCUCUUAUUCGCCGUGGAAUAUUACCGUGAGUGGUGGUUCUUCUCAUCGCCUCAGCCGCAGAAUCCAGAUAAGAAGCCUCGUUUUGCACUUGACGCCGAUCUUCAGAUGGUGUUCCCUGGCAACAGAUGCCCAAAAAUCUCUGGGCCUGUCUCUGGCUUGGUCUUAUUCCCAAGUAUUCGGUUCUCAAAGAAGGAUAAAUCAGUUGAAGUGCCAGUGAUAUGUAACCCUAGCACGGGACAGAACCAGACAUUACCUAAACUGACAAGGAUAAGCACUUGGACUAGCUUUUUAGGAUAUGAUUCGAUUGGCAAACAAUACAAGGUACUGACCAUAAGCACUUCGCUUCGUGGCUCACGAAAGGAAGAGGGGCAGAUUCUGACAUUACCAUCAACUGGAAAAUUGUCAUGGAGGAAUAUCAAAUUACUUAACCAUUAUCCUACAAGUGAAGGGAUAUGCAUCGAUGGGGUUUUGUAUUACCAAGCUUGCAUAACCAUUGAAGUGGAAAAGAUAGCUUGCUUUGAUGUUAGGCAUGAGGAGCUUAGCUUUCUUAAUUAUCCACGCGCUAGGUAUCCAUCUUAUUCAAGUAGUACUAAACUGAUAAAUUACAAGGGUAAACUAGGCGUGAUUAGUUGGCAUUGGGAAGGUCCAGAUUAUAUAAAGCCUAUAUGUGGCCUUAGGUUGUGUUUGUGUAUCCUAGAGGAUGCCAAGAAACAAGAAUGGUUGCAACUUAAGUACACUUUUCCGGCAAAUGUAGUGGUUGAGGGCGAUGUUUCACUCGCUGGAGUGACUACUACUGGUGAAAUUAUUUUUUCCAUGGACUAUACAUCUAAAUGCUUCUUUGUUUUCUACUUCAAUCCCGAAAGGAACACUCUAACAAAAGUAGGAAUCCAAGGUUUUGGUGGGUGUUGUGCUAAAGUUUACACCUUUGUAGACUAUACAGAAGAUCUCAAGUUUAUGAAAUAG